AUGACCAAGCAAGAUUGGCAAUAUCUAUGGCAUAUCAAGAUUCCGCACAAGAUUACUAUCUUUCUUUGGAAAUGUCUACAUAAUGGAAUCCCUUCUGCCUCAAAUCUGAAUAUUAGAUUUCAUCAAGGCAUAAAAUGUGCAUUUUGUGAUCAAGAUGAGACAGUAGCACAUAUUCUUUUCACAUGUCCACGAGCUAUUCACUUUUGGUUUGCUUCUUCUUUUGGGUAUCGACAUGCGGGGGGAGCAUCUUCUUUUGUGGAUAUUUGGAAGAAUUUUAUGUCUGCCCUUUCAAAUUUGGGUACUGCUGCUGAUGUGGAGCUCUUCUGUUUUCACCUCUGGUAUUUAUGGAAAUCGAGGAAUAUUUUAUUAUUCAAGCAUCUGACAAUACCAGUCUCAGAGGUUAUUGCAUUGAGUACAUCGGCCUGUUCAGAAUUUCAAGAAGUUCAAAAAAUUAAUGAGUGUUUGGAGGCGUCUGGUGGUGCGGAAGUUUUAGGCUCACCACACCCUCCAAUUUCGUACCCGGACCAUACAAUUGUUCUUCAAUACGAUGCAGCAGUUGACAAACAGAAGCAGCUGGGAGUUAUUGCCGUAGUUGCCACAAACUCCCAACGACAGCCAAUUGCAAAAUUUUCUGCUAUUUUUCGUCACAUCUGGGAUCCGGGUAUUCUUGAACUGUUAGCUCUUCGGGAAGCCAUGAAUUGGGCAUCUUAUAAUGGUUGGCAUUCUGUUAGUUUUGAAGGAGAUGCACUUCAAGUAUCUGCUACGAUAAAUUCAGGGAUUUGUACCAAUGUUGUCUGGCAGAAUAUUUGUGAAGAUAUUUGGCAUCUACAACAAGCUUUCGACACUUCAGAAUUCCAUUACAUUCCUCGACGAUUCAACAAGGAUGCGCAUCUUUUUGGAUGUCAAUGCCAUAGAAAGCCAGUGGGAUUGCCAUCAAAAGCAGAGAAGCAUUUUCUCAAUGCUGAUACGCUUGUGUUGCAUACAACCGCCACCCUUCCUCCUCCGUUCAUCAUCACAAUCAUUAAUAUUUACUUAGCCAAAACAAUUAGUGGCUGCCUUUGCUAUACUUUCCUGUUCAUCUGA